GUUUUUUUCUAUCAGAUUGGAUCGUCAAGGCCAUCGGGUUGUGCGAUGAUCACAAGGAGUAGCAACAGCCGGAGCAUGGACGACCUGUACUCACCCUUGUCCAGUCGAAGGGUGCUCAUCCCAGCAGUGUCCACGUCCUUCUACCUGAGAAGCCCCGAUCGGAAGCAGCUUACGGUCAUGGACAAGAUAGUGUUCUUCUCGUUCAAGACGCCAUGCAUCUUGUAUUGGGUUGGCGGGCUUGCGUUUCUCGUCAGCUCCAUCCUGUUUUACCCGUUCUUCAAUGCACCGCAAGACCCCGAAGGUAUGGGCGACGCCAUUGGCAGUCGUGGCUUCGUGUUGGGGUCACUGACGUUUCUUGUCGGCAGUUGUAUCGAAGUGUACCAUGCCGUUCCAGGUCGAGCCAUGAGCUCGCACGGCCUGCUUCAGUGGGCUCCGAUCUUGUCGAGCAUGAUGAACACCGUUGGGUCAGCGCAGUUUGUUGUAGGCAGCUUGUACUUCAUGCCCGUCCACUACGACGCGCAUCCGUCCCUUGGCUGCAGCCUCUUCAUCAGUGGGUGUCUGUGCUUUUGCUUGUCCAUCUUGACCGACUUUACGCGGUUUUCCACGUCCGAAUUGAGCGCGGCGUUCCAAUGGGGCGACCUAGUCAGUGUGUGGUUUCUCGCGGCCGUCGUGAACUUUGCAGGCAACCUGCUGUUCAUUUCCGGGUGUUACUUUUACCUGCCGCAGUUCCUCCAAGUUGGCGACCCCGCCAUCGCCGCCAUGAAUCUCACGUUUGCAACCAACCAGUUUGUCGUCGGCUCGCUUUGCUUUGCCCUUGCGCCGCUCCUUCAGAUCUACAACAUCAACCACGACAUCAACCGCAAGUCGAUUUGCUGCCGUGCAAUCAAGUAGACAAACCUCAUGUUGGCUAGUUGACAGGAAAUGCAAAACUUGACAUGUUCUUGAUCAUUCGUCGUCUC